UGAAGCGCAGUCUGUGCGCAUGUUGACCGUCCACUCACUUCUAUGUCUCUUCUGCUAGCGUCUGUGCUCACAUUCGUACACACAUUCACCAAACUUGUCUUUUGCGAAACCUUCUUCCAGCUUAUCCCCUACCACCUCACAACCUGUAGCCAUUAACACCUUCUCCAACAACGCCCACUUCCUCACUGACACUCCGGAAUACCUCCAGCACUCUUCACAACACCCCAAUGCUCCCGCGCACCAACGCACGACUUUGCCGCGUCCGCCUCUCUCACACUGAGGAGGAAGUCCAAGUCGCUGUCGCCGCCGUCCAGCAACAGCAACGGCAGCAACAGCAACGGCAGCAGCAACAACAACAACAACAACAACAACAACAACAACAACAACAACAACAACAACAACAACAGCAGCAAGUUGCGCUCUGGCAGCGUCUCCCUGGCCUGCGCCCACCACCAGGUCGUCAAGCUCGCGAGCCCGCCUUCGCGCUGCAUAAUCAACCAACCGGCAUCAUGCAUGGUCAAGGUCAAGGCCCUGCUGAGCGCUGGGUGCAAGUGCCCAUCAGCAUCCGGCUGAUGAACGAGAUUUGUGAUGCCAUCAGCAUUGGUAGUGACUUCGCUUUCUGGAGCGGACUCAUCGUCAUCGUCAUCGUGCUCAUUGGACUGAUGAUCUGGUACUCUGAGUAGGCUGACGACCUCCAGGGUGUGACAAGACGAUGCCAGAGAAAGGAAGAGAAGGGCGAAAGGUCUCAGGACUGCAACUGGU